AUGUUUUGGCAAACAUAUAUUGCUUUUUUGUUUCUUGCUGUUGUUGUUAUCGUCGUCGAGGCCGAGAGUCCUUACAGGUUCUUCGACUGGAGUAUUACUUACGGUGAUAUUUCCCCACUUGGUGUCCGCCAGCAGGGAAUUCUUAUCAAUGGACAAUUUCCAGGUCCUGAUAUCUAUUCUGUUACCAAUGACAAUCUAAUUAUCAAUGUCCACAACAAUUUGGAUGAACCUUUUCUUCUAUCAUGGAACGGGUUGCAACAAAGGAGAAACUCGUACCAAGAUGGGGUGUACGGAACUACAUGUCCAAUCCCACCAGGCAAGAAUUUCACCUACAUUUUACAGGUGAAGGAUCAAAUAGGAAGCUUUUUCUAUUUCCCUUCUCUUGCUUUCCACAAAGCGGCUGGCGGCUUCGGAGGCAUCAGGAUCGUUAGUCGACCCAGAAUUCCGGUGCCUUUCCCAGAACCUGCUGGCGAUUUCACCCUUCUUAUUGGAGACUGGUUUAAUCAUGACCACAGGCAAUUGAAAGCUAAGCUAGAUGGCGGUCAUAAGCUUCCUUCCCCUGAUGGUAUUCUAAUCAAUGGUCAUGGAUCAAAUGGUGCUUCCUUUACAGUUGAACAAGGUAAAACUUACAGGUUUAGGAUAUCCAACGUUGGGCUUCAAAAUUCAUUAAAUUUCCGCAUUCAGGGUCACAAAAUGAAGCUAGUGGAAGUAGAGGGAACCCACACCGUUCAAACCAUCUAUGAAUCACUUGAUGUCCAUGUCGGUCAGUCCUAUUCUGUGCUUGUUACCAUGGAUCAAGCUGCUCAAGAUUUCUACAUUCUUGCCUCAACUCGGUUCACAGACAAGAUCCUUUUCAGCACUGCCUCUCUUCAUUACAGUAACUCAAACAAACCAGUUUCAGGUCCAAUUCCUGUUGGACCAACUGACCAAAUCGAUUGGUCUCUUAACCAGGCUCGAUCCAUCAGGACAAACUUGUCUGCAAGUGGUCCAAGGCCGAAUCCACAGGGCUCAUACAACUAUGGUCUCAUUAACAUUACUAGAACAAUCAAGCUAGUGAGCACGGCUGAUCAAGUAAACGGGAAGCAAAGAUAUGGUGUUAACAGUGUCUCUUUUGUUCCAGCUGAUACACCUCUGAAACUAGCAGAUUACUUCAAGAUUGGAGGUGUUUUUCGAGUCGGAAGUAUCUUGGACAACCCGACCGGUCAAAACAUGUACCUCGGCACAUCGGUUAUGGGUGCCGAUUAUCGAACCUUUGUGGAAGUUGUGUUUGAGAACCAUGAAAACAGUGUCCAGAGCUGGCAUAUUGAUGGAUAUGCCUUUUGGGUUGUGGGCAUGAAUGGAGGAUUGUGGACUCCGAACUGUCGUGAACAAUAUAAUUUAAGAGAUGCAAUUUCUCGAUCAACCACACAGGUAUACCCUAGAUCAUGGACUUCCAUUUACAUAGCUGUUGAUAAUGUUGGAAUGUGGAACGUGAGAAGUGAGUUCUGGGCAAGGCAAUAUCUUGGGCAACAAUUUUAUUUGAGGGUUUACACAGCUGUGAACUCACUCAGGGACGAAUUUCCCAUUCCAAACAAUGCUUUGCUCUGCGGCAGAGCCCAUAGCAAAAGCACUUCAACUCUCUGAAAAUU